GCGGCGGGCAGGGCACCGGCCGGAGCGCCAGGCCGCUGGCCAGUCCGAGGCGCGGCCGGCGCGCCAGCGGGAUGCAGGCCAUGGACGCGGCCGCGGCCGAUUUGUACGAGGAGGAUGGCAAGGACCUGGCGGGCUACGACUUCGAGCCGCUCCCCACUCUGCCGGAGGACGAGGAGAACGUGUCCCUGGCCGACAUCCUCUCGCUGCGGGACAGAGGCCUCAGUGAGCAGGAGGCGUGGGCCGUGUGCCUGGAGUGCAGCCUGUCCAUGCGGAGUGUCGCCCACGCGGCCAUCUUCCAGACCCUGUGCAUCACGCCUGACACCCUGGCCUUCAACACCAGCGGGAACGUGUGCUUCAUGGAGCAGCUCAGCGAUGACCCCGAGGGUGCCUUUGUUCCCCCGGAGUUCGAUGUGACCGGGAACACCUUUGAGGCUCACAUCUACUCUCUGGGGGCCACGCUGAAGGCGGCCCUGGAGUACGUGACUGAGCCUGAGCCCGAGCCCAGGCUGAGCCAAGACCUGGAGGUGCUGCUGAGCCAGAUGCAGGCAGAAGACCCCAGGGACCGGCCCGACCUCGAGAGCAUCAUAGCGUUGUGUGAAGAGAAGAUGCUCUUCGCGUCCUCCUGCCGCCUGUGCCGGAGCCUCUCGGCCAUCGGGAGGAGGGUGCUGUCCAUUGAGUCCUUUGGAGCAUUUCAAGAUGUCAACGAGAGCGCCUGGAGGCCUGCUGCAGGAAGCGGGGGGCCCAGGAAGCAGCCCGGGGGCCGCGCCACGGACCUGGAGGGCCUGCCCCAGCGCCCUGCCCGUGAAGCCCAUGGCAGCCCAGAGCAGCUUGCUGCCCUGCCCUCCAAGCCCCUACUGUCAGCCCCCGUGAGAAACGGAGAGCGGCUGACCAGCCUCAUCCUGGACGCUCAGCACCCCCUGGGUGACCUGGAGAGGAGCCGCCUGAGAAAGGUGCAGACGUUCGCCAGGCUCCUGCCCGACGGCCCUGAGGCCGUCUGCCUGACACUGACCCCCACCAAAAACCAGCUGCCCACGUCCGAAGUCUUCCCUCCAGACCCUAGGAAGGCCUUUCUAGAUGGGAAAAAUGGCCUUUCCAGCUACAAGUCACAGCCCAAGUCCAGAUUGUGGCUGGAGCGGGAGUCCGAGCUCCAGCAGGGAGGACCUGGAGACACCAGCCGAAGUGGGGACAGGGUAUCUGGGGCGCUGGGCCGGAGCCCUGUGGAGGAAAGCGCCCCACCCUGUUGCGAGGAGCCCGGAGAUGCAGGCCGAGAGCCCAGGACUUCCAGGGCUGCUGAGAGGACUCCGGACGGAGCUGGGGAGCCGGCUCGCACAGCAGCAGAGCAGGGCGUCUCCCUGCAAGAGCUCCUGUGCCAGCUGGGCCGGCCCUUCAAGGAGUAUGAGCUCUGGGCUCUGUCCCACGCGUGUCUCACUGCUCUGCGCACUCACAGCGAACACCCAGCCUACCUGUGCCUGGACUCCGUGCUGGUGGCCGAGGAUGGGGCCGUGCUCUUCAGCCCACCCCCUGCCGAUGGCGCUUAUGACACAUUCUUUCUGGCUCCUGAGGUCGCAGAGCAAGAACUGGUGACUGAGAAGGCCUCCGUGUACUGUGUGGCUGCAGUCCUGUGGACAGCAGCCAAGUUCAGCAUCCCCCGAGACCACAAGCUGGCCCUCCCGCGCAGGCUCAAGACCCUCCUCUUGGACAUGGCCAGACGCAGUGCCCAGGAGCGGCCGUGCACAGCUGAGGCCAUCAAGGUUUGCAGCACCUACCUCCUCCAGCGAGGCAUGGACAGCAGAAAGAUUUUAGCCCACCUGAGGGCAGCCACCUGCAAGGUUGACCAGGAGGAAGAGACCAUCAGCCUCCAGAACGCUGUCUCGGUGGUCGAACUGAACCCCAGCACAGCACCCGCCCUCAGGCCCAGCUCAGGCUUUGUCCGGGUCAGCGGCGACACCAGGCUGGUGGCAGUGCAGGGGCCCGUGCCCACUCAACCCCCCUGCCGCGAAGGGGCCACGUUGCUGCCGGCUGCCUGCACUGGCUCUGCCGCACACUUCAAGCCCGUCGUGCUGGCCCCAGAUGCAGGGGACGCCAGGGACCAGGAGGGUGAUGGCAAGCGGGCUCCUGAGGCCCACGGAGCCGCCGGCAGCCGGAAGAUUCCUGAGCAGCCCGUACCUGCUCCUGGACCACAGGGAGCAGCCCCAGGACCUCUCAGAGAGUCAGCGCCGAGAGACACGGCCCAGGGGAUCUCCUGCACCCCACCCCCUGGCCCAGAGGGGGCUUCACCCGUGAUGCCCGAGCCUUCUGCUGCUGGCCCACUCCUGAAGGCACAGGCGCCUCCCAUGGAGGAAGGGCCAGACAAACCCGUCCCACCUGGAAUGCCGGGGUCCGGGGCAGCCCGCCAUGACCCGAGUCACCCAGCCAAGCCACCCAGGAGCAAAGCCACCGAGGGCCCAGGCCAGGAUCCUGGGGGUCCGUCAUCAGCCCUGUGGGACCCCUUCCAGGCCAAGGCGAGUCCAGACAGCCCCAAAGGCACCUCUGUACCAGAGCAGGACAACCAGGCCCCAGACAGUCACCCAGAGCGGCCCCUGCCAGCAGACCGCAAGCUCUGUCUCUCCAGUGUGGAUGCCUCGCCUCUCCCAAAGCGGACAGCUUGCCCGUCGCUGCAGGAGGCCAUGCGCCUAAUCCAGGAGGAGUUUGCCUUCGACGGCUACUUGGACAAUGGGCUGGAAGCUCUGAUCAUGGGGGAAUAUAUUUACGCCUUGAAGGACCUCACCUACGCCACUUUCUGUGGGGCCAUAUCGGAGAAGUUCUGUGACCUCUACUGGGGAGAGAAGUUGCUGCAGAGUCUUUUCAAAGUGGUGAACGGAAGGAUAUCCCCCUCCGAGAAUGCUUCAGAGGAGGCUGGCUCACAGCCCGAGGGCAGCGCGACCAGCACCGUAAGUGGCUGCUCACUGUCCAGCAAAAGGCCAUCGCUGCAUGGAGCGGGGAAGGAGAAACCGACCACCGCGCGCGUCAGCCGAGCCCCCUGCCCGCCCCCGUCGCUGUCCGAUGUGGACGCGGACGAGCUCUCACGGGGGAACUUGGAGGUUGGAUUCCGGCCUCAGAAGUCAGUCAAAGCGGAGCGGGAACAGCAGCCGGAGGCCGGAGAGCACGGGCAGCAGGGAGGGGGCCUGGGUCCCGAGGCGGUGGCCCGGCUGGCCAGGCCCAAGGAGGGGGGCCUGGCUGUGCACCCCAGCCCGGCCGAGCUGCAGAGCUGCAGCCCCGGGUGGUGCAGCGCCUUCUAUGAGGCGGACUGCUUCGGCGCCGACGUCUACAGCUACGUGAAGGAGCUCGCGAGGCAGAAAGCCGGCGGGGCCGGUGACGUGGACGCCCAGAGCCCGACAUCCCUCCUGGAACCGGAAUGCAGACAGGAGCUGGAGCAGCAGCUCCUGAUAGAGAAGAGGAACUACCGGAAGACGCUGAAGUUCUACCAGAAGCUUCUGCAGAAGGAGAAGCGCAGUAAAGGCUCCGAGGUGAAGACCAUGUUGUCCAAACUGAGGGGGCAGCUGGAAGAAAUGAAGUGCAAAGUGCAGUUCCUGGGACUGGUCAAGAAGUACCUGCAGGUCAUGUACGCAGAGCGGUGGGGCCUGGAGCCCUGCGCCCUGCCCGUGAUCGUGAACAUCUCGGCGGCCCACUGCGACACGCUGGAUUUCAGCCCCCUGGACGAGUCCUCAUCCCUCAUCUUCUACAACGUCAGCAAGCACCCGCGUGGCGGCAAGCAGAGGAAGGCCCGUGUCCUGCAGGCUGGCACCCCUCUGGGGCUCAUGGCGUAUCUCUACUCCAGCGACGCCUUCCUGGAGGGGUACGUGCAGCAGUUCCUCUAUACCUUCCGGUACUUCUGCACGCCCCAGGACUUCCUGCACUUCCUACUGGACCGCAUCAACAGCACCCUGUCCAGGGCCCACCAGGACCCCAGCUCGACCUUCACCAAGAUCUACAAGCGAAGUUUCUGCCUCCUGCGGGCCUGGCUGGAAGACUGCUACGCUGUGGACUUCACUAGGAACACCGGGCUGCUGGGCAGGCUUGAGGACUUCAUCUCUUCCAAGAUCCUGCCCCUGGACGGCUCCGCAGAGCACCUGCUGGGCCUCCUGGAGGUGGGCACUGACCGGCGGUCCGAGGGCACCUCACGUGGCACAGACCUGGAGGACCCCAAGGAAGCCGAGGAGGACGCCAGACCUCUCAACGCCCUCUGUAAGAGGCUCUCAGAAGACGGCGUCUCCCGGAAGAGCUUCCCCUGGAGGCUGUCCCGGGGCAAUGGGCUGGCCCUGCCUCACCACAAGGAGCGCCAGUACACCAUUGCGUCUGCCCUGCCCAAGCCCUGCUUCUUCGAGGACUUCUACGGACCCUAUGCCAAGGCCAACGAGAAGGGGCCCUACUUCCUGACCGAGUACAGUACCCACCAGCUCUUCAGCCAGCUGACCCUGCUGCAACAGGAAUUAUUUCAGAAGUGCCAUCCCGUCCACUUCUUAAACUCACGGGCCCUGGGCGUCAUGGACAAAAGUGUGGCCAUUCCCAAAGCCAGCUCCUCCGAGUCUCUGUCCGCAAAAACCUGCAGCUUAUUUCUGCCCAAUUACGUGCAGGACAAGUACCUAUUACAGCUUUUGAGAAGCGCAGAUGAUGUCAGCACCUGGGUGGCAGCUGAAAUCGUGACCAGCCACACCUCCAAGUUGCAGGUGAAUUUGCUGUCCAAAUUUUUGCUGAUUGCGAAAUCCUGCUAUGAGCAAAGGAACUUUGCGACAGCCAUGCAGAUCCUGGGAGGCCUGGAGCACCUUGCCGUGAGGCAGUCCCCUGCCUGGAGAAUUUUACCCGCGAAGAUAGCGGAGGUCAUGGAAGAGCUGAAAGCCGUUGAGGUCUUCCUGAAGAGCGACAGCCUGUGUCUGAUGGAAGGCCGGCGCUUCCGGGCCCAGCCCACACUGCCCUCAGCCCGCCUCCUGGCCAUGCACAUCCAGCAGCUGGAGACCGGGGGCUUCACCAUGACCAACGGCGCCCACAGGUGGAGCAAGCUCAGAAACAUAGCCAAGGUGGUGAGCCAGGUGCACGCGUUCCAGGAGAACCCCUACACGUUCGCCCCCGACCCCAAGCUGCAGUCCUACCUCAAGCAAAGAAUCGCACGCUUCAGCGGGGCCGACAUUUCCGUUUUAGCAGCAGACAACAGGGCCUCCUUCCACCAGAUCACCAGCGAAAAACACUCCCGGAAGAUCCAGGACAAGUUACGGAGAAUGAAGGCCACGUUUCAGUAAUGGGGAUGGCGGGUCUGGCGUGGAUUCCAAAGUGAGGACAGACCUGGGUAGAAAGGAGGCACCCGCUUGCUGUCGCAGGCCCAGAAGGUCCCAGCACCCGGCACCUGCUGCUCUAGACUAGGGAGCCCGACGGCACAGCGUAGGAGCCGGGGCUCGGCCUGGGCGGCGGGGUGCAUGCCCGGGGGCACCGGGAGGCAGAGGCCCAAGGGCCUGGCUGAGCCGGAGAGGACGGGCUCCAGUGGAGGUCGGAGUGUUUCUGCUAGUGUAAAACUAUAUUUAAAAAUUAAAACAGAAAUAGAAUAAAUGAACUCCCCAGGAGCCACAUACCUAUUUACACUUCUUAGAGAUAAACUGCUCUCACCCAGGGAUCCCGCCCCCCAAAACCCCACACCCACCCACCCUGACUCAGACCAGUGUUUUCGUGAGUCUGCUUAUGUCUGCCCAGCAACCAAGGACCAAAAUGACCUCUGACCCCCAUGCCAACCACAGGUUCCAGGGGUUUCCAAAACCUUCCCCUGGGGCCCUAAGGCUUCUCAGUGGCCCAGGCCCCAACCUGGGUCCACAUUCCCAUGCCCACACCUCCUCCCUUCUACCCAGACCUCCCCUUCACCCCAACCUCCCCCUCCCCACCCCCCCAAGACUUCCCCCUACACUCUCUCAGACCUCUCCUCACACCCCAGACUUUCCCUCCACACACCCCACAUCCCCUGACCCCUCCUUCCAGACCCCCCUCUAGGGCCCAGCUCCGCUCACCCCCAUUGCAGCCCACGUGGGCGUACCUGACUCUUGCAGCCGUGCCCCAGCAGGCCUGAUGGGGUCUCCGUCCUGGCCCAGCCUCCUGCUGGUGAGCACCUCACAACACCACACCGGCAGCCCCCCAGGUGCCCGUGCCCCUGCGUGCCCCCCAUCCUUGCCAACCCCCACCACUUAGAACAGCUCCCGGCGAGGCCUGCAAGGCUCUGCUUCCUAGCAAAGCACACAGGACACAAACAGCAGCUCCAGAGCAGACUCAAGGCCUCAGGGGCCCUGAGAGCAUCCCCCAGUCGCACCUGAUGGCCCUGGGGCCUCAGGCCGGGGCCCGUGGCCGUCCGCCUUCAGCAGCCAUGCAUGCACUGCGCACACCUACACCCAGGCUCCCGCCGCUUGCCUUCCCAGCGCUUUGUCAGAGCGGAGGAGAUGACAUGUGCUGCCUGGAUGGUACCCAGCUCUUCCCCGGGGCUCUGUUUCCAAACAGCAAGGGCUGGGCGUUUCCUCAGCAGGUGGAAGAACCCUCGGCCAGAUGUUCAGGGACCAGGAAGGUGCGGUCGCAUCCCUCACAACAGGGAGCUCAGACCCCGGCACCAUCCUGGGCACCACCGUCCUCACGUUGCAAAUCGCUGGGAGACCCAAGGUUGUUCUCUUGUUUCCAGAAUCGGUGAUUCUUUAGAACAAGCAGCUAGUGGUAUUUCUGGGAAAACUGUUGCUUGUGAUAAAAUGCUGAGCCUGUCAUGUGAAGAUGUGUUUCCCACAUAAAUUCAUCUAAGGUGUCUAGAAUAGAAGAGGGGCCCGGUGCUUCCCGCCAUGCAGCUGCGGGGGCUUGGCUUCUGUACGAGGGUUACGUUCUACUAAACAGCGCCCGCGUUCUCAGAGCCUGACUUUAACAAACGUAGUGUCACAGAGCCUGAAACUGAGUUCGUGUCUGGAGCAAAUAAACAUUCCAAUCGUAACGAUUUAUUCACGGGGAAGUGACUGGGCUUUCAGCUUACACACGACUCUGCAUGUCGCCCGAAUGUCACUGGCACAGAUUUCUAAAUAAAAUCAUUUCUACCAC